AUGCCUCUUUCAACUCAUUCCCGGCACCCAUCCUGGAACAGUCACUCGCCGCUGGAGCUUGACCCCUUCGUUCAAGACUCGCUUCAAGCCAACACAUCCUAUCCCACUACCAACUCAUUUGCUUUGUCCUCAGAUCCUCAGACCUCUACACCGAUUUAUUAUAACACAUUCCAUGGCCAACAUCCCAAUCCUCACCCAUUUCAUGGAGUCCCGAUGCGUCCAAACUAUUUCCAUCCCACGGCAUACAUGACACAAUCUCCACUACCCCUUCAAAAUGCUAGUUUGACUGUUCUUAACACUCCAGAUCCUGCUCCUUCCACCGCUCGUUCUCAAAACAAGCGUUCUGCAACAAGUGACUCUGGCACAUCCACGCAUGUGCGCAAGAAGCGCAAGACAAAUACAACGACCCAGUGUGUCCCAGAAGCACUGGUACCUGAACCUGAACCUUCUCCCCAAUGUGGUAUUGGGCCAUCCAUCUUACCUUCGACUAUUCCGUUGGCUGCACCUCUGGCGCUCGCUCCUCAACUGACAGGAAAUGCUUCAAGUCCGUCCCACCACAAUGACCUUUCUACCUCGGCAACCGAUGUCUGGUUUUUUCUGCGUGCGCUUGACACACCCAAUGCACCUGAGGUCUUGCCCACAAACAAGCCAAUCUUGACGACCAAGCCAUCAAUGAAGUUUAUAGGCUGUAAACUUUAUCACAAGGAAAUUUAUGAGUCAACGAUACGGCUGAAGAAUCUCAAGCAUGCGAAGGACGUCAGCGCUUCGACAAUGCUGAAAGAUACACCAUACACAAAGGAAAAAUUCAAAUUUUUGUUAUGUAGGUGGAUCGUAACAGACGACCAGUCCGGUCCGGUCCGGUUAUUGAGCCCUCAAGGGCUCUAA